AUGGCUUCAAGAACUUCACCAUUCGAUCUGUCCAAAUGCGCGCGUUCAAAUAUCUUGAAAUUGCAGCCUUACCGAUGCGCAAGAGAUGACUACAAAGAUGAUGGAACGAACGUCCUCCUCGACGCCAAUGAAAAUGCCUACGGUCCGGGACUGGCGCUGAAUAGUGACGGCGCAUUGCAGGCGUCCGAGACAGGCGGCUCGACGGGUGCUUCUAAGCCUGAGAUUGACUUCCUGGGGUUAAACCGAUACCCGGACCCGCACCAGCUGGAAUUGAAGCAGCUCUUCUGCAACCUCCGCAAUACCCACCACCACACACCGAAGACUCUGCGACCCGAGAACCUCUUCGUCGGCGUCGGAUCGGACGAGGCCAUUGAUGCGCUGCUCCGAUGUUUCUGCGUUCCCGGCAAGGACAAGAUCCUUACCUGUCCACCGACUUACGGGAUGUACAGUGUCAGCGCGCAGGUCAAUGAUAUCGAGAUCGUCAAGGUACCGCUCGACGCGGCCAACGGGUUCCAGCUCCAGCCGGAGAAGGUCAACGAGGCGCUGUCGGCUGACCCAUCCAUCAAGCUGGCCUACAUUUGCUCACCGGGAAACCCGACUGCCAAUCUUAUUCGCAAAGAGGACAUCCGCAAGGUACUGGAACACCCCACAUGGAACGGGGUGGUUGUGGUGGACGAGGCAUACAUAGACUUUGCGGAGGAGGGCGCCAGUCUGGCAGGGUGGGUGACCGAGUGGCCGAACUUGGUAGUGAUGCAAACGCUGAGCAAGGCAUUUGGCCUGGCGGGAAUUCGGCUGGGCGUCGCUUACACCGACCCAGAAAUCGCACGACUGCUUAAUAGCCUGAAGGCACCCUACAAUAUCUCGAGUCCGACGAGCGCACUGGCCUCAGCAGCGCUGGCAGGUCCCAACAUGGCUGUGAUGCACAGCUACCGCAAGCAGAUUAUCGCCCAGCGCGACCGGCUGCUGCGCGAGCUGCCCGCCAUCCCCGGCGUGGGCCGAUUCCUGGGCGGCCAUGCCGCCAACUUCCUGCUCGUUGAGAUCGUCGAUGCCGAGGGUCGCCCAAGCAACCCCACGGCAUUGGCUACUUACGAGGCCAUGGCCGAGAAGCGUGGCGUGGUCGUCCGCUUCCGGGGUAAGGAGCUUGGGUGCGAGGGCUGUCUGCGCAUCACCGUCGGCACCGAGGCCGAGGUCACCAAGUUUCUGCAGGAGCUGCGCGUGGUGCUGGCGGGGUUGCACGCCGGGGUCGGCAUUCAGUCACUCCGAAACGAGGCGAAACGGGAGGAUGUCGCCGCGGCGGUGGUAGCGUAA